AUGGCUGGUGGAGGAUUCACAGUGGAUAGUACACCAGUUACUUCCAUCAAUAUUGGUGGCAAGUUAACAUUCUCAAUCUUCAUAUCAUGCAUAGUUGUUGCAUCCAGCGGCAUUCUUUUUGGAUAUGACCUCGGAGUUUCAGGAGGUGUUACAACGAUGGUGCCAUUUCUCCAAAAAUUCUUUCCUGAUAUUCUAAAAAAGGUUGCUGGUACCGAAGCAAAUCUGUACUGUGUGUAUGAUAGUCAAGUGUUGACAUUAUUCACAUCUUCUCUGUAUCUAGCUGGAUUAGUAUCAUCCCUCGCCGCUAGCAAGGUCUCGGCUGCGUUCGGUCGGAGAAACACCAUCUUCUUUGGUGGUAUUCUCUUCCUUGCAGGUGGUGCUAUUAAUGGUGGUGCUGCAAAUAUUGUCAUGCUCAUUUUGGGUCGUGUUCUUCUCGGAUUCGGGGUUGGCUUUACUAAUCAAGCUGCACCAUUGUAUCUAUCUGAAAUUGCACCUCCCAAAUGGCGAGGCAUUAUCGGCACAAGCUUUCAACUCUUCUUAGGAAUUGGCGUAGUAGCUGCAAGUUGCAUAAACUACGCCGCUUCCACACACACAUGGGGAUGGAGACUCUCACUUGGACUUGCAGUGUUCCCUGCGGCCAUUAUGACAAUCGGUGCCUUACUCAUCACUGACACGCCAAGCAGCUUGGUGGAACGCGGCAAGAUUGAGCAAGCAAGAAAAGCCUUACGCAAAGUUAGAGGAUCCUCCAUUGAUAUUGAACUUGAGUUAGAAGAACUUGUUAAAUCCACAGAAGUCGCAAAAUCAGUGAAACAAGAGCCUUUUAAGACUAUAUUCAAACGAAAGUAUCGACCUCAGUUGGUUAUGGCAUUCGCAAUCCCUAUUUUCCAACAGCUUUCAGGGAUCAACAUUGUUGCUUUUUAUUCACCUAACCUCUUUCAUUCUGUGGGUUUGGGGCACGAAGGUGCUUUACUUUCCGCCAUUAUACUUGGAGUUGUUAACCUUAUUUCUAUCUUUAUCUCCGCGAGUGUUAUUGAUCGAUUUGGUAGAAGAUUCUUGUUCAUAACCGGGGGUAUUAUGAUGUUUGUUUGCUUGAUCGCAGUGUCGAUUCUGCUAGCAGUGGUGACUGGUGUUAAUGGCACAACCGGCGUAACGAAGGGUCAUGCAAUAUUGGUAUUGGUGCUUUUGUGUUUCUACUCUGCCGGUUUUGGUUGGUCAUGGGGUCCUUUAACAUGGUUAAUUCCAAGUGAGAUUUUCCCAGUAAAUAUCAGAAACACUGGACAAAGCAUAGCUAUUGGUGUGCAAUUCAUACUAACAUUUGUGUUAUCACAAACGUUUUUGUCAAUGCUAUGCCACUUCAAAUUUGGGGCAUUUGUGUUCUAUGCUUUUUGGGUUGCGGUGAUGACUCUAUUUAUUAUCUUCUUCUUGCCUGAGACUAAAGGAAUUUCUUUGGAGUCAAUGUAUACUAUAUGGGGAAAACACUGGUUUUGGUCCCGGUUUGUUAAAGGAGAAGAAGAUCAAGAAAAUAAACCAUGA